AUAAAGAAAACAAAAAAACAGAUCUGUAGAUUGACAAUACGUUUUUUCUGAAACUCUCUCUCGCUACCUCUCCGUGCCUGCCAUUGCCCCCUUCAGAAAUGUCAGAGUUUUCCAAAUUUCCUGAAGAGAUGGCCUUGCAUAUCUUAUCAAGGAUGCCACCUAAAUCUCUGAUGCGAUUCAAGUGUGUCCGUAAGUCAUGGUAUGUGUUGAUCAACAAUCCCAGCUUCGUGGCCAAGCACCUCUAUAAUUCCUUGCACAAUAAACAGUCCACAUGCAUCUUUUGCAAGCGUUACGUCUUCAGGGAUAUCGCCACUAAAGAUGUGGAAUCUGUAGUCUCAUUGAUUACUUUUUCUGAUGAUGAUGUUGGUGAUACUAACCAUGAGCAUAUAUCUCAUUCGGUUAUCCAGGACAUCGAUCUUCCACUUUCUAUGAGUGGAAUACCGAAGAACCAUUUAAAUGAGCCUGAGCUUCUCGGAGCUGUAUAUAUUACCGGGCAUUGUGAUGGAAUCAUUUGUUUAGUCCAUGGUGAGAUUGUGCUAUGGAAUCCAGCAAUUAAGCAAUUCAAGAUUCUUCCCAAGCCACUCCUUACAAAUGGGAUCGUAAAUUCUAUAGGAUUUGGCUAUGAUGCCAGAUCUAAAGAUUACAAAGUUUUUAGUUUUCCAACUCAUGAUGAGGACCGAAGUAGCGAGCGUGAUUUUAAUUAUCCUCCACAUGUUGAAGUAUACAGCCUCAGUACCGACUUGUGGACAGAGAUCAACGCCGAUCAUUUAGAAACUGAAACAACCAACUUGUAUCCUGAAUUUUUUCAAAUGUACUUCAAGGGAAUAUGGUAUUGGACCGGAAGUGAGCAACAAAAGGAAUUCAUGGUUGUUUAUGAUAGUAUGGAUGAGGAAUGGGUGAGGCAGCUGAUCAUUGUGUUUGAUAUGAAUGAUGAAGUAUUCGAAGACAUACUAUUUCCGUAUAGUUUAUACGGCCCGAUGAUUCCAUAUUUAGAAAUGCGGGUUAUUGUGUGGAAUGAAUCCGUCGCUCUUUUUGGUCAGUACCGUUUUGGUUAUGCUGAUGAUGCUUUUGGAUUAUGGGUAAUGGAUGAUAUUGUCAAAGGUUCUUGGACAAAACAAUUAACUCUAGAGGUCGUAGUUGGGACUCGGAUGACUUUGGAAAUGUGGAAGAGCGAUGAGAUUCUUAUGGUGGCUAAUGACAACCGUAUAUUCUCCUACAAUAUCAGAACUGAAGAGAUUAAAUAUCUUCCCAUUGAAAGUACGCAUCCAACUUUUUCCGCAGCUAUUGUAUGCAUAAACAGUAUAGUUCCGGUUAUUCAUGGGAGGCAACAAGCAUAAGAGCCAUGGAAAGAGAGCAGCGAUAGGAGUUGUGUAGAACUGUAGGGUUGUAGAGGCUUAACAAAGAGGGAGAGGCAAAUCGAGAAAGAGAGUUGAGGAUGAUUUUCAGUGAUCAAUUAAUGAUGGAUUUUUCAUUGUCAUCGAGCGGAUCUUCAACCCAAUUCAACUCCGAUAUUUUCAAGAACUAGCUUCAGAAUCAAUUCGCUCAGGCUUAUGCCGAAGAGUUCCUUAAGACCCUGGUAUUGUUGAUCUCGGUCUUGAUUUCAUUGUGAGUGCUGCCCCUCAAUCCAAAAUUGCUGUUGCAAAAUCAUUCAUCCGAUUGGUAAAUUAAACAGGUGAUGAUGGAGAUGGCGAGGACCUAGAUGUGGAGAAUGCAGUCGAUGAAAGAAGAUAGCAUAAAUAACUUUUUUGAUUAAUCAUGGAUUUUGAUGUUCUUGAUUAAUCAGAGAUUUUAGGGAUUUUGAUGUUCUGUGAGAACUGAGAAGGAAAGAGGAAGAGGGAGAAGAGAGAGAAAUAAUAAUAAAAUUAAUAAUAUGGGCUGUCAAAUUUGACAAAUUUGACAGAUGAGGUUUGGGCUGUCAAAUUUGACAAAAAGCCUCAAAUUGUCAAAUACA